AACCUAACAAUAAAUUACAUGCCAAUAAAUAUCAAGUAUAGUAAAAAAGGAACUAGUUAAUUUUUGCUAUUUGAAAACGAAUUCCGUGCGGACAAUGAGCUUUGCUCUUAAAUUGGGUUCAUCAAUCGGUUAUUUUCACCGUACGACAUUAGCUCGUAACAUAAUUCAAAGAAAAAGUCAUGUUGUAUCUUACCGUAAUGGGCCCCCUCCCCACUCAAAGGCAACUAAAAUUGGUUCUGUAACUGUUGGUGGAGCUAUGUGGUGGUGGGUAAUCUGGCACUUAUGGCAUGAACCUGACCAUAUAACGGGGGAAUUCGAUUAUCCCAACUCAAAGAAAUGGAGCAACACAGAGUUGGGUAUUCCAAAGGAUGACCUUUAAACAUUAUAUGUUCAAGCUUACCCUAUAAAUAUUGAUUAAAAUGCGCGGAUUAUUUGUUGCGUAAUACUAUGUUUGACAUACCAAAAUUCAGUUUUUUCACAAAAUAUAUGUAUGUACAUACACAACGCGUCAUCAGGUUAGUGCCCCUUGAGCAAACUUUGAUGAGAUAUACAUAUUUAGAAAACUGUUUAAGCAAGAGUUUUGGGAUUUUUUUCACUCAAAAGUUAAAUAAUUCUAUAAAUUAAAAUUUUAUAUGAGGUGCAGUUUGCUUUUUAUAGAUCCAUAAAUGAGUAAAUCAAAAUAGGGUCAUUAGUAUACCCCCUACGAUAAUUUAAGUUUGUUCGAUUCUUUUCGCAAUAAAUUUGAUUUGAGGACUUCA